CCAGGAGUGACCUUAGUCUGCACCCUGGAGUUACAGCCACUAGGCGGCAAAUGGUGCAGCUCCUGCUUGCUCCCAUCACUGAGAAUUGGGGUCUCUGCAGUUGGGGGGACCCAGUCAGGUCAGCUCGUGCUCCCACAGGGCUGGGCUCAGGGCCAUUAGGGUGGAUUUAGGCUCUCACUGCCUAUAGCUGUGUGAGCAUGCAAAGGGUUAAAAGGUGCACGGGUUUGUUUGUCAGGGAGCACAGCAGCUGGUUCUGCAGCUGGCGAGAGACCGUUAGAAAGGGGAGGGGAAGGUGCUGAGAGACGGGCUGGGGUCCCUCUGCCUGCUGCAUUGUUCAUGCCUGGCUCAGAUGCUGCAGCCUCUCACCAUGGGCCUGCCCUCAUGGCUGCUUGGACAGCUCCUGGCCACCACAGUACUUCAGCUUCUGAGCCGCAGCACCGCAGCCCCUUUCCCUACCUUGGCGCCCCCACUUACCAUGGUCAUUAACGGCGAGAGGAAGACCUUAGUGGUUUGUGUGGUGAACGACCUCUCCCAGGACACAGCAGAUGCCAUCUGGUUUUCGAAUGAGAAUGGAAGUGCCCUGGACUCCUUCACCUACGGGGUUUCCAGGGAGGAAGACGGCACAUUCAGCACAGUCUCUCACCUCUCCAUCCACACUGCAGAACUGGAGUCAUGGGAAUCCCUCACCUGCCAUGUGAGACAGAACAGAACCGCCCAGGUGUGGAGUGCCAGGUCCCUGCUGAUCUCUGACGACCAUGUGGAAGAGCCAUGUCUGGAUGAAGACCGAAGUGCUCUGCCCGUCUGUUCACAAAUCCUGCUUCUCUUGGCUAUCAGAGUGUUGUUGCUGAAGUUCCUCCUGUUUGACAUUCUCAUUACCUGCAGCUUCCUCUUCAAAGGGGGACGCCGAGCCCUACUGCUGAACUCUGCAAAUAGUUCCUCUGCUCAGGCUUGGUUCAGCAACGGAGAAUCAGCCUCGCCUGUCAGCAUGGAGAGCAGACCGAGGCAGAGACUGAGUCGGACAGAGUUAGUGACUGGAGCUAGCCACCCCAGGGGUAGCAGAGACAGAGCUUCCCACACCAUUUCCUUACACCUUCCACCCAUCUGAGCUAGAGCAAAUCAAAUGACCCACUAGCAGCUGU